AUGGCCACGGCGCUGCUGUUAUGGGCCUUCUACCGCGUCGUCACCACUGCAGCGGGCUAUGUGUCAUCCGAGCCGUGGAAAUAUCCACCAACNUAUGUGGGCAAGAGUCCCGACUACCGACCGCCCAAUUCUGCGGAUCCUGUGGUCAAUCCAUACACCGUAACACAGUUAGACCGCAAUAAUCGUUUGCGGUUUUGCGAGCAGUGUGGUCAAUUCAAACCCGAUCGGGCGCACCACUGCACCAUGUGUGGGCGGUGUACGUAUCGUUUUGAUCAUCACUGCCCCGUCGUGAACAACUGUAUAGGCCGCGAAAAUUACAAGAUGUUUGUUCUCUUUCUCAUGUAUGCUGCCCUGGCUGGUUUUUUAGAUGGCGGCUUGAUGCUGUUGGGAUUCUUUGUCAUCGAGGACGGCGAUUGGAGCGUCUUAUGGUUAAUGGUGGCCGUUUUGAUGAUGUUAUUGAGUAGCUCUGUUUUCUUGUUCGGCCUGACGCAUGUGUGGUGGCUCAGUCGUGGUGAGUCCACCAUGUCUAUUCGCGUUGCAUCGUACGACAAGUCAAAGCGGCUCCCAUCCGCAGAACGACGUGCGGAGCGGGAUAUAGAGCGGCGCAAGCAUUGGGACGCCGUACUCGGCAGCGACAGGCGGUGGUGGCGUGUCAUUCUCCCACUGCGUCCGACGCGCACGAGUGAGGAGGUGCCUAUUUAG